AAUGGAGUGAAGACGUUUGUUGUGAAUUUUGUUUCCUAUUAUUUCGCCUUCCGUCAUUUAAAAAAAUCGGUGUAAUGUAAAUAAACUAGUUUGAAUAAAUCUUUUUACUUUACAAGUAGGUAGAGUUAGUGAGAUUUUUUCAUAGGGUUUAGAUGUAGAAAUAGUAGGAUGUUACUGGAACGUAUAUUGGUGCCUCUGUUCUGCCUUGGAAUAGAAGUGUUCGGGCGCGUACUUGGCGAGGAAGUGGAAAUUCGCCAGGUAGCAUCAGACAAGGGAACAAUAAAUGUGACCAUUCCUUGUGGAACCGAGCCCCUCUCGCCGGCAGUCAACGUCCAGUGGGUUCACAGAGGCAACCGCACACACCACGAAAUACUGGUGGACGGCAGCUUGCUUUUACCCCAAGUGGGGGUAGAAGACGAGGGCCUCUACGAGUGCGGUGUGGAAAACGAGACUUCCUUCGUUGAUAGAGUUAACGUCACUGUCAGAACGGAACCUCCCCCGUUAGUGAACGUGACGGUCCACGCGUCGACCAUCCUGGCCAUAAUUUUAUGGAACGUGGCUGGUGACGGUGGGCAUCCAAUCAUAGACUUCACAGCGCAGUACCGCUCCGCGAUGCCCGUGAACGGCAGCCUGGAGGCGUGGCGGCCGAUCAGCCCCAACCAUAUUAGUCCUAAUUCGCGUCAGAUCGACGUAUACCACCUAGAACCAAACGCGUCAUACUGGUUCCGAGUAUGGGCGAACAACGUGCUUGGUCCAGGACCACCCGUGGAAGUGCUCGCCACUACGCUGUUUAGCGACCAAGAGGCUGAGCUCUACAAGCACUUCCUAGAAGGCGCUGAAACAUUUGACACACGCACGUGGGUGGCCGCCGUGUGCGUUGUCAUGGGAACACUAGCUGUGCUCGCUGCGGGCACGUGCGCGGUGCUGUGCCGCGAGUGGCGGCGCUCAGAUUUCACAGAGGAACAAGAUGUCAUGGAACUCGUUCCUAACAUUAUACUGAACCCGGGCUUCAUGGAAACCGACCCGGUGCCCAGGGUGGGGCAUGGGCAUAUCAUCAAGUCGGCGGAAUGCCCCGGCCCCGGGAAACCCAGGCGCGUUUGAUUCUCGUCCAUACUCAACCUUAGGAUAUUCUAUCUGAGCGAUCCUGGCCUUUUGUCAUGAUCCGAAAACGAUGGUAGAAUGGGGAAUUUUGCGAGCGAUGCUAAUUUUUUUUAAGUACUGUUUUUUAUUUGAAAGGGUUUGGGAAAUUAUAACUUGGUGUAACCAGCUCUUUUUGUGUUACAAGCAUUGCAAAGCGAAGUUAUUGAUUAGAAGUUAUGUCCAAAGCAUUUGGCAAGGGUAAUAAUGGACAUAUCAGAGUGUAAUGUGGUGCGGAUAGAAUAUCCUAACGAUUGAUGACUUUUGGAAAUGUAACUAACUUUAAUACAUUGCGAGUUGUUUUUUAAAUGGUCGUAUUAUACUAUUUCAACAUACACAGGGAUGUCUAAAAUUUAUCUACCUAUAAACGUUUCAAUGUCAAUCAAAUAUUCAGUCAAUUAUUUUUCGAUAUAGCAACACUUGCACAUUUAAAAAACAACUCGAAUGGGCUUAGCUUAUAAAACUGAGAGAGAACUUAGCGUAAGUUUAAAAGUAUUGGGGCUGCCAUAUAUAUUAGAAUUGCAACUUGUUAUGAAUACGUAAAUUCCGGCUUUUCGACUGUGGCAACCCUGGCACGAGGUUUUUUAGUGAUAUUGCUUACCGUUCGCAAUAAAUUGUUAAUGUUGCUAGCUGUGUACAUAGAUAGUAAUACUUGUGUUAUGGAUUUACAAGUGUUAAUAUGGAUCUCAAGUGAAUGGAUUGAUAUGGUGUUUUAUUGUGAUUUUUUACUGUGAUUAUUUUCCUUCCAAAUAUUAUUGCAGUUUUAUUUUAAUAAUAUUAUACGAUAUGCUUAUAUAUUUUUGUAUUUGUGUCAUUGUUGCUUAUGAUAUAAAAAUGUAAGUAGUAUUUAAUGUGAACGAGUGACCGCGUUACCACAGCUUAGGUAUAUAUGACCCGCGACCAGAGACAAUAUGUUGAAAAUGUUGCUAGUAGUGAAAAUGUGCUCACGAGUAAAAUUUAUGAAGCAUAUAAUAUCAUCACAUAUAUUUGUGCAAACAAUAGUAUAAAAUUGUAAUAUUAUAUAAAGUGGUUGUUAUUAAUUAUUGGUAGAGCAUUAUUUUUGUACACGUCAUAAGCAUAUCACAAGCGCCUUAGAAUAAAUAAUAUGAAAUAUAUCAAAUUUUAACCCUGUCCUUUAAAAACUAUGCGCUGUUCGCAAAAUUAAAUCAUAUCGAAGAUUUUUCAUAUAUUUGACGGCAAAUUAUAAAAAUAAUGAAGCAAUAUUUGUACAAAAUCUUUAAUUUGGUGAACAGUGCUCGUUUUUUUCUUAAUCUUGCUGGCUUCGUAUUAAUUGUAAAUGAUAUUAUUCUGGUCAAAUUAUCGGUCUUGUGUGCGUGUCUCAGAAGCACUUCCUAGCUGUGUUUAUCAAAUAUUUCCUAGUGCAUUAAACGCACAGUCUUAUAGAUAUCCUUGUAUAUUAUGUACUGUCUUCUAUUUUAUUUUAAUCUAGAUUUUAGAAUAUUUCCUUUAUCCUUUUCUUAAAUACCUCAUUAAAUCCUGUGUCUAAGCUUCUAUCAUUCUAACGUCUCUAUAUACUAUUCCAUUCUCAUUAAUUUAAAGAGCCAGUCAAUUUCUCUAGUACACUCGUAACAGAAUAUUUAAAAAUUUUAACCAUAAUUAACUUAUUUUUGUAUGAGCGUAAUAAAUCAAAUGAAGCGUUGUUAAUUGUAAUUUACUUAUAGAUAAGUGCUUUUAUAGGUUAGAUUUAAGCGGUUUAUCAGUGAAAUGUUGGGUACUGGUAGUUUUUAAUCUAGAAUUUUUGACGAUGGCAAUCUUUACAAGCGAUGCUUUCUGGUUUUAUUUAAAUUAAA